AGUACACAGGCGAUUUACAAAGCAGAAAAGAAAGAGCAAGGGACUACGAGGUGCACAGGCAGAACGCGACGACAACAUGGCAGAAGCUUACCAGAGGGAAUUCUUCAACGUGUCGUUCCCGGUCGAAUAUGUAGCGCACGUUGAGAUCAAUCGACCGGAGAAGUUGAAUGCAUUCAAGGAGGCUAUGUGGCUCAACCUCUCCUCCAUCUUCCGCCAACUCUCGCACGACCCGAACGUCCGCGCUGUCAUUCUCACUGGCGCCGGCGACCGCGCCUUCACAGCCGGUCUGGACGUCCAAGCCGCAUCUACGGGCGGCGCCCUCGCCCAAACCGAAGAUGCCACUGCUGAACCCCUCGACUCAGCCCGCAAAGCCAAUGCGCUUCGUCGCCACAUUCUGGAGUUCCAAAGCUGCAUUACCGAUAUUGAAAAGUGUGAAAAACCCGUCAUCGCCGUCCUGCACGGGAUAUCCUUUGGACUCGCGCUCGACAUGAGCCUCGCAUGCGACAUCCGCGUAUCAACUAGCACGACAAAGUUUUCAGUGAAAGAAGUCGACAUCGGCAUCGCUGCAGACAUUGGCACGUUAUCGCGCCUACCCCACGCUGUCGGCAACCUCUCCUGGGUCAAGGACAUAUGUCUUUCGGCUCGCAUCUUCGGGUCCGACGAGGCCCUGCAGCAUGGUCUUGUGUCUUCCGUGUACAAGGACAAGGCGGAAGCCGUGGUCCAGGCGAUCAAGUUGGCGGCCACGAUUGCCACCAAGAGUCCCGUAGCGACACUGGGGACCAAGGAGAUUAUCAAUUAUUCGAGGGAUAAAACAGUAGCUGAGGGUCUGAAUUAUACUGCUGUUUGGAAUGCAGCCAUGUUGCAGACGGUGGAUGUCAAGGAUGCGUUGUUGAGUGGCAUGCAGAAGAGGACACCCAGGUUUAGUAAGUUGUAGUGUAUGAGACGACCAAAAAAAGGAAAGAAGGUGGCGUGAGAGGAGGAAUCGAAAUACAAUUUGGUAUACA